AUGAAGGGCCUCUUGCUGUGCGCGCUCGCACUUGCCUUUGCUGCGGUUACCACCCACGCCCAGCUGCAGUCCUGCCCGACACGUUGCGGCAAGCAGGCCGACGGCAUGGAGUGCCCCAACAACCUCUGCUGCAGCAAGGAUGGGUACUGCGGCCUGGGCGUCGACUACUGCAGCACUGGCGCCGGCUGCCAGAGCGGCGCCUGCUAUGACAACAAGAUCUGCGGCGCGCAGGCCAAUGGCACACUGUGCCCUAACAACCACUGUUGUGGCUCGGGUGGUCGCUGCGACCACGGUAGUGAAUACUGCAGCAAUGGCUGCCAGAACGGUCCUUGCUGGGCUAAUCUCAAGUGUGGCCACCUGGACAAUGCCAGUAUGGUUACUGUGGCCUGGGACCGGAGUUCUGUGGUACUGGCUGCCAAAACGGCGCUUGCAGCACGGACAAGCCGUGUGGCAACAAGGCUAAUGGUGCAGCAUGCACCAACAACUAUUGUUGCAGCCUGUAUGGGUCUUGUGGGCUUGGCAAGGAUUACUGUGGUACGGGCUGCCAGAGCGGCGCAUGCAACUAGUGUUACUGUGGUCGAACUCGAUGAGCCCACCGAGUACGACAUCCUAUGGAAGUGCACGGCUAAUGGGCAAUACUCGACGGCAUCCGCAUACAAGGCGCAAUUUCUACGAAUGGUUCUCUCACCCAUACAUAGAAUGGUUUGGAAGGCUUGGGCUCCUCCAAAAGUCAAGUUCUUUGCUUGGUUGGCUCUACAAGAUAGAAUUUGGACCGCUGAUAGAUUGGUGAAGCGUGGAUGA